GGGCGCGGCCACCGCUUCCGCCGAGGGCGGUGCGGCGCGUGCGCGGCCGGGCGCGGGCGCCGGCCGGUGGGUGCCAUGGUCUUCCUCGGCGCGCCGCUGUGGCUGCGGAGCCGCCUCACUGACCGCUACUGGCGGGUCCGGGAGGUGCUGCAGCACGCGCGGCACUUUCGGGGAAGGAAGAAUCGGUGCUACCGGCUGGCGGUCAGAGCGGUGACCAGAGCGUUUGUGAAAUGCACGAAAGCGCGAAGACUGAAGAAGCGGAACAUGAGGACACUUUGGAUUAAUCGAAUUACAGCUGCCUCCCAGGAACAUGGCCUGAAGUACCCAGCAUUCAUUGUCAAUUUAAUUAAGUGCCAGGUGGAGCUCAACAGGAAAGUGCUCGCGGAUCUAGCCGUCUAUGAACCAAAGACUUUUAAAUCUUUGGCUGCUUUGGCCAAAAGGAGGCGACAGGAAGGAUUUGCUGCUGCCCUGGGGGAUGGGAAAGAGCCCGAAGGCGUAUUUUCCAGAGUGGUGCAGGAUUGCUGAGCGGGAUUCCGACAUGCAUGCUUUCUGCAUGCUCUUUGUAGCGGAGUGUCUUAGGAAAAGGUUUUUCCCCCUGAUGAUCACAGCAGCUAAAAUAGGAGCUAAAAACUACUUGUCAACAGUGUGUGAUCAGCAAUUAUAUUAAUUUGCAUUUUAGUAAAAGGCGUGUAAGGCCUCUUCUUCCCUCAUUGAGACAGAUAAAUAAAGCUUGUGUGGUGUGGUGUUCA